AUGGAGAUGGCAUCGCUGCCUUCCACGUCGUCCACGCCGAUGCCUGUGCGUGGCGAGGGGGCCGAUAGGGCGGGGCCGAUGGCUCCGGCGUCGCCGGAAGCACCAUCGCAGGGCGAGAUCGCUAAGCUAGCGCCGGAGACGCUGGCGCGGGUCUUUGCGUACCUGGAUCCACGAUCCCUGUCACAGUGUGCACAGACAUGCCGCGCAUGGAAUGCCAUCGUAUCGCUGGACACGACAUGGCGUGCUGCGCUCAUGGUAUCGUUUGGGCUCGAAGAGCGUGAAGAGCGAAUUAUUGCCGCCUCCGCAGCGAGUGGCGAUCCCGCCUGGUUGGCGCUACGUACGGCGCCAGCGCUUCGUCGUAUGCAGCCAAGUUGGCGGGGGGAGUACUUUGCACGUACGGCGCUCCUCCGUCGCUGGCGCAAGUCACGUAUGCCGACUGUGCUAACCGAUCCACGUAUUUCGCAGAUCGAUAUGUUGGCGCUCAGUGCCUCGCAUCGCUUUGUGCUCUCGCUGUCGUACGGUUUCAGUGUAGCAUCGCGGUCCAAUGCUAUCACGGGGAAAGUCGCGAAAGACUUCCUCGAUGCGCAAGGCUUGACCACCAGGAGUGCAAAUGGCUAUCCGAAUGUCGAGCACAGCCCUGUAACGACUUCGAUGGCGACCGAUGCUACAGCGUCGCGCAUCGUAUGGGGCCACCGAUCCGGCGACAUCUCGCUUACGACCAUCGACUGGCGGGGCCAGAAUGCCCGCGGCACCGUACACAACCGCGCAUGGCCUGCGGGCCGCGCCCAUGCAGCGCCUGUGACGGCGAUCCAUGUCGUGCCGCCACCCGAUCGAGGUGGGAUGCACUCGGAAGAGCGGUACCGACAACAGCUGUCUCAAUUGGGCGAUAUGGCGUCUACGUUUGCUACGGCGGCGGCUGAUGGCACAGUGAUGGUAUGGCACCCGAAACUCUCGGAGCCGCUUUGGCGCGGCACAGCGUAUACCUCGUCGCCGGACCAUCCUACCCCUAUCGGAUCGCACGUCGUGACGCAUGUGGAGUACGCGCCAUGCCAUGGCGCAUUGGUCGCGGCGCGACGCGAUGGGGCCUUGGUCGUGUGGCAAUCCAUUCCCUGGGGGCGGAUCGUGCGCGAUGCCUUGGAAGCGGCGCGCGCACAUACCACCAUCGAGCCUGCCACAGAAGGCGAACGUAGGCACAUUCCUGCCUUGAAAGCCGAGCAGCCUCUGGCGACGAUGGCCUUGGACGCCAUGGACGAUCGAUUGGCCUGUCUACUUCACUAUACCAACGACCGUGUGUUUUUCCGCGUGGACAUUCACGGGACAGAUGUACAUACGACAGUGUUUGGCGCGCCUCGCGCCUCGCCACUCACCUGUCUGCGCUGCGAAUGGGACGUCCGAUCCAAGCCGCUGCCGCUGCCUGCGUCGAUCGUGGCCCGGCUCCGUGCUUCGCGCCUGCAAGAGCGCAAGUUUGUAUGUGCCGGCACGGCCUCCGGCGCUGUAGGCGUGUGGGAAUGGGACGCGGAGGGCGAGCCAUGGCAGGCGAAGGAGCAGGCACUGUGGCAAGGCACAGACGCCGUCCCAACGGCGCGGCAAGUGCGGCCUGCGCUGGUGUUUGAUGGCCACCACCAUGCCAUCACUGCCAUCGCAUGUACGCCAGCCUUGAUUUUGAUUGGGUGUGAGGACGGAAUGAUGAAGGCAUUGGAUGCGUUGGCAGGGCAUGUCGUGCGUGUAUUCCAUGAACGGGCAGCGCGGCGGCAUCCUGCGCGGAUGCUGGCCGAAGGCAUGCUAAGCGAAGACGAUGCUGCGCGGUUCCGUGUGCACCAUAUUAUUGCAGCGCAUGAUAUGCUGGUAGCGUCUAUUGGGCGUCAAGUGCUCUCAUGGCGCACCCACGACGAGGCGGCGGCGCCUGUCGACCCCAAAGGCGCGAAAGCGCACAGGGCCAAGGCGGGUAUGAGUGAGCGUGGGCGAAUGCGAGCAGAUUGGGACCGUGUCGUGCAGGAAGAGCAGCAGCACAUGCAGUACGAACGGGAGGCCGCUGCGGCUACACAGGCUGAGCGGGCCGCCAUGGUCCAGCGUGUGCAUGGCGCAUUGGACGAAGAUGCCGCGUUGGAUUACGCGCUGAUGCUCAGUCGCGAGGACUCGGCCGCGGCAUCCAACAUGGACGACUUAUCGUCGGACCUCAUGUACGGCUUGGACGAUCUUGAUUUGGACGUGCACGACGGCGAUAGCGAUGCCACGCCUCUCUCGCCGAGCUUGCCAAGUAGGCGCACACGCGAUCCCUGGCACACGAGAUCGUCGGCGGCCGGGAGUCCGCACGAUGCGUACAGUCAGUCGUGGAGCAAACUGCGUACGAUCCCACGGCCGACGUCUCAUGCCGAGAUGCGGGGCGUAGGGAGUACGAGCUCCUCCCUGUCCUCCUGCUCGCCGUCUAUGCCACAGCACAGUCCGCUGGAAUGGCCCGUGCCUACACAGGCGUCGUCGUCGCGCCCUAUGGCCCGCUCGCCUGCAUCGUUGGGCGCCUGGGCGACCAAGUCUCCGACAUUGCGUGCCGUGGACGCACCGGCGUCCCACUCGUCCACCGGCCGUAGUGCCCUGGUCGCCCAGACGCCUCGCCUGCCACGCGCCGAGAAGGCCGCCACGUCGCAGGACGACGAGAUGGACGACGAUUUACGACUCGCCCUCGCGCUCUCGCUCACCGAGUACGAAGCGACGCAGUCGGAUCACAGUAAAAAAUAG